GUAUAUCUCUCCCGAGGCCCAAGCGCGGCCCCUUCGGCUCCGACCUCACCCCGAGGUGGGCGUUGUGUACGGGCGGCGCUGCGGAGACCUCCACCCAGGACGGCUCUCCCUCCCCGGGCCUCUCCCCUCUUCCCCGCGAGUGCCCUAGUCUUGUAGGCCUCUUGGAUCUAGUUCGUGGGGUGAGGUGAGAGCAGGCCCGGGGAGGGUGCUUAUCGCCGAGGAGCCGCAGUCACAAGCAAGAUGAUAGAGGUACUAACAACUGACUCUCAGAAACUGCUACACCAGCUGAAUGCCCUUUUGGAACAGGAGUUGAGAUGUCAGCCAAAGGUCUGCGGCUUGAGACUAAUUGAAUCAGCACAUGAUAAUGGCCUCAGAAUGACGGCAAGGCUAAGGGACUUUGAAGUAAAAGAUCUUCUUAGUCUAACUCAGUUUUUUGGCUUUGACACGGAAACGUUCUCUCUAGCUGUGAAUUUACUGGACAGAUUCCUGUCCAAAAUGAAGGUACAGCCCAAACACCUGGGGUGUGUUGGUCUGAGCUGCUUCUAUUUAGCUGUAAAAUCAGUAGAAGAGGAAAGGAAUGUCCCAUUGGCAACUGACUUGAUCCGAAUAAGCCAGUAUAGGUUCACAGUUUCAGACCUGAUGAGAAUGGAAAAAAUUGUAUUGGAGAAGGUGUGUUGGAAAGUUAAAGCUACUACUGCCUUUCAAUUUCUACAACUCUAUUACUCACUCAUUCAAGAGAACUUGCCAUUUGAAAGGAAAAAUAGCCUUAAUUUUGAAAGACUAGAAGCUCAACUUAAGGCAUGCCACUGCAGGAUCAUAUUUUCUAAAGCAAAGCCUUCUGUGUUGGCAUUGUCUAUCAUUGCACUGGAGAUCCAAGCACAGAAGUAUGUAGAGUUAACAGAAGGAGUAGAAUGUCUUCAGACACAUUCCAAGAUAAAUGGCAGAGAUUUGACCUUCUGGCAAGAACUCGUAUCCAAGUGUUUAACUGAAUAUUCAUCAAACAAGUGUUCCAAACCAAAUGUUCAGAAGUUGAAAUGGAUUGUUUCUGGGCGUACUGCACGGCAACUGAAGCAUAGUUACUACAAAAUAACCCACCUUCCAACAAUUCCUGAAAUGGUCCCUUAACUGGACUAUUAUGGCAAUGGAAAACUUGGAAGCCCUUCUCCACAAUCCUGAGCUAUGGAUUCCAUAAUAAUAUAAUGGAUUUAAGCUGUGAGACCUCAAAACAUCACAACUAGAGUAGCAUUGAUGCUCAGGUUUGGGAAAACUGCAUAUUAUUCUGAACUGGAAUUAUACUAAAAUUUGAAUUCAUCUGUGAAGCAUAAAAUCAAGGGUGUAAGAGCAUAAGUGAGAUGCUAAUGACAAGCCUGUCAAGAUAAACUGUGAAUCUUCAUUUCUAACAUUGAUCCUACUUUGUAUAUUGGGUCAAUAUAUUGCAUUUAGAUGAUAUUAAAAAUGGUGACCUACUUAAUUUAAAUUUUAAAUAUAUGAGGCUUAUAUCAAAACCAACAUUUCAGAAAUGCACUUUUAAGGUAUAACAAAUGUUACUAUUUUAGGCAGUAAAAGUGGUUUGUUGUGACCCAUAAAGCAAGUAACUGACUAUCCAGAAAUGCGGACUUCAUUGCUACAUAGGAAUUAAUUUAAAUUUGAGAGCAUUUUAUAUAAAGCAAAAAACUGCAGACCUAGUAAUCUUUACAUAUUAUCUUCAAUGUUUUUUUCUAGAAAACAAGUAAUGUUUGUAUCCAUGACAAAUUUUUAUACAAAAUCUGCCUCAAUCUAGUCCUACUGACAAAAUUUGUUUUUGUAUCAGUAAAUCAAAUUAACAUCACUCCAAAAACUUACUAACACUCCAGAAGUUUUUAUACUAAGGACUGUUUGUAUAAAAUUGCCAUUGUUUCUAAAUUUGAAUUUUGUUUUAAAGGAAGUAAAUAGACGUCCACUAACUGCCCCUACUGUGCCAAAAAGAAAAUCUUAAGUAGGUAUCUUCAUAAUUAUCAGGUUGCAACGGUAGUGUUCAGGAUUUUCUACUAAGUCAGUCAGUGUAAGGAGAUCUACAGCAUUAAAAGUGUUGUAAACGGUUACUCAGUGCAGUGUGCAGCCCAAGUCCAUCCAGAAUGGCAGUACCUGAUUUUGACAUCAUGUUAUGAAUAAAUAACUGGAUAAUAAACCAAAGAACCACAGUAUAUCUUACACUUUUGUAAACUGUGUUUUAUGGAUAACUUUUCAGUUUUCCCAAACUUCACUACCAUUAAAUUUUGCUACUAAGGGAUAUACCUUUCAAUAAAGUCAUUGAAAUGCAUA